AUGACUAGUAACCAUGAUUUUUAUUUUGGUCUGUUGAAAGUAUCAAUAAUACAAUUACUUAAGUCUCAUGGCUUCGAGAGGGCCAAACCUAGUUCUGUGGAUACACUUACCGAUCUAUAUAUAAGGUAUUUGGGCCUAUUAACUGCGGAGAUAAUAAAAUUGGCACAAGCUAGAGUAGGUCCUAGUGAUACAAUUGCUUUGCAAGAUAUCACUAUAGCAUUUCAAAAUUUAGGGCUCAUAAAACCUGUUGAUGUAUUAGAUGUAUACGACGAGAAUCCGGAAUUGCCCAGUGACAUGGGUGUUCGCAAGUUCAAAGACUGGUGUUUGAACAACCCUCAGGAGAAGGGUGCUCGAAUAGUUGCAUUCCCUACAGGUGAUUUGUUGAGGACUACAGCUAGGACUUCCAAGCCACUGUCAUUGAUUCCAGAGUACAUUAAUCAAUUACAAAAUGAUUCGAACAAGGAAGGUUCUAAGGAAAAUAGUGAGGAGGAGAAGCUAAUCGAGGAGCUCAUCAAUAAUGGUGAUGUCGAUGAUUGGAUAAGGUUAGUUAUUGCUAGGCAACGGAUCAAUCUGGCAAAGCGAAUAACAGGCAAAGAGCCCCGAGAUAUCGAAUCCCUACCGUCUAUUGCUGGAUUGAAGCAUUCUGUUCUCGAAAAGCAAUUUCAAAACAGUGCAAGUCUAAUAUCGAAUAAUCAAUUACUACCGACACCUGCUAACACGCCGAAAGAAGAUCUGACUCCGACUCUAAACAGAGGCAUAGAAUUGAUGAAGAUGUUACCAAUAAUGAGGCCCGAUUGUAGAAUUGAGAACGUGGAACUAUCUUACGAUAAUAUACCUGAUGAUGUGGAAGUCAAUGAGGACAUGGAUGACCAAAUAGAAGAUGCAGUCAAUGGUGAGCAGAUAGAGAUACCGAUGGAUGGAAAUGAUUACGAUGAUGAAAAUCAUAUGGGAGCGUUUACAUUAGAUCCAAACAUGGAUACUCAAUUCGAUGAACUAGAGGAUAUGAACAACACAUUCCAAAGAAGAGAAUCUCUGGAUUUAGGUGAGCAACAGCAUAGUUUGAGAUUUAAUCUCAACGAGUUUUAG